AUGGUAUCUGCUGGACAGUCAACUCAUCAGGGCAUUCGCAAACCAGGAGAUUUGUCAUCUGAUUUGACACUAGCUUCCUUCUCCAGGACAGAGGAGCUCCAUCUGAGAAGGGGUGUUUUUCAGGACCCCAUCCUCACUGAGUAUGACGGGCUUAUGUUGAAUGUGAAUGUGAAAAGCAGCACUGGCUUCAUUGUUUAUGAAAUGCUGGUGUUCAGUGUCCUAAAGGAAGCCAAGAGGACACAGCAAGAUCACAAACCUGAGGGAGAAUUUACAUUUGAGGUGAGUCUUGUGGAAAAUUACAGUGUGCGUAGAGUGACAGUGGGCCUGGGGCAGUGCUGGAGUGGUAUAAAAGCGGGCCCAACUCCUCUCUCAGUCAUUCGCUUCUCUUGCCUCCAUCUCCCAGGGAACGAGGUGCCCCUCCAGACACAAGACAUGUCCUGCUACGACCAGUGCGUGCCACGCCUGCCCUGCCAGCCCUGCGGCCCCACCCCUCUGGGCAGCAGCUGCAACGAGCCCUGCGUCAGGCAGUGCCAGGACUCCAACGUCUUCAUCCAGCCCUCUCCCGUGGUGGUGACCCUGCCCGGACCCAUCCUCAGCUCCUUCCCGCAGAACACCGCCGUGGGAUCCUCCACCUCCGCUGCCGUUGGCAGCAUCCUCAGCUCUGAGGGCGUGCCCAUCUCCUCUGGAGGCUUUGGCCUCUCUGGCAUUGGCAGCCGCUUCAGUGGCAGGCGGUUCUUCCCCUGCUAA